CAGCCACCACCUUGCUGUUAUAUAGGCACCCCAUUCCCAGCCUGGACGGUGCUCAGCGCUGGGGACAGCAGUGGAUUGGAUAGAGAGGACCCUGCCCUGGGGUCCUGCAGAAGCUGGGAAGCACACGUGGUCUGCAGAGCAGGGAUGGCUGAGAUCUCACCCAGCAAGGAAGGGGCCCCAGCCGAAUGCCCCGUCUGCUACGAGAAGUUCCACCCCCUGGAGCACACACAUCGCCAGCUCAGCUGCGGGCACGCCUUCUGCCACGACUGCCUGGUGAAGUGCCUGCUCUCCUCCAAGCUGGACGGCCACAUCCAGAGCAGCAUCAUCUGCCCCGUCUGCCGCUACGUCACCUUCCUCAGCAAGAAGAAGGCGCUGUGGCCGUCCAGCCCACGGACUCUGGAAGUGCCCCUGUCACCAUCCUCCUUAUCGCAGCUGACCAAACUGGAGAGCAGCAACGCCCUGGUGGUGCCCAGCCACUUUGUGAUGCCGGUGCAGAGCUUGGAGCGGUGCAGCCCCACGGGCGCACAGGGAGAGCCGGCACGUGGAGCCCAUAUCUUUGUCAUCAGCAGGUAUGGGAUGCCACUGGUGGACACGGACUGCUCCUCCCUGCAGAGAGAAAGCCAGGCGGAGACACGGAGCACCAUGUCCUCCAGCUCGGCCCUGGGGCUGCAGUGCUGCCAGUCGCCCAUCGCUCUGGCCGUGCUGCUCAUCCUCACUGUGGCCCUGCUGGCGGCCGUGCUCCCUUGGCUGCUGCUGGUCAAGAGGGACUCACCGUGAGGAAGGCAGCGACUGUGAUGACGGAGGAUUGGCACUGAUGCUGGGGCUGGCACCUUCCUGGAGAAAGCCCAGAUGCAGUUCCAGGGGAAGUUUUCCCAUCUGGCCAGGUUCCUGAAGAUCUCUGGGUGCUCACAUGCUAGAGGUGUUGCCUCAUUUGUUUGAAAUGUGGCUGCCUGGGUCCUG